ACAUUUAUACACAGGCCCUCAUUUGUCAGCAUAAAAACGCAGCCUAAAUGUGUUAAUAUUAUCAAGAUUUAUCUAAUUCGGAUUUUAAAAAACGGGGAUAUGUUAAGUCGAAAAUGUAUUGAAUGUUUAGCAAGGUGCUACGACUCCUCUACGUCUGACAGAUGGAAAUUAUGCAAUGAUGUUCUUCUGCACCUGCAAGUCCCACUCCCCUGCACACACACAUAACACAUUGAUAGUACAAGGGAGGAGGACAUUCGGGUGGAGCAGCGUUGCGUGCUGCAGCGGAAACUCUGUAGGUCGUUAACGCGCGCGGUUCGUCUGUUGCAGAACAGGUGUAGGUCGGUGUGUGUGUGAAUAAGAGAGGCGACAAUGAGCCGUAGCUGGUGUGUCUGUGUGUGAGAGGAGCAGGAGUAGAAGAGAGAAAGAAGACAGACAGACAUGGAGGACUCUGAGUCCGGUGGAGAAGAUGGUAUGGUCGGCGGCUGGCGGUGGAAUAACCGAAACACCGGGGCUCGAGACCAGACUCAGCUAAGGCAGAAGAUCCGGGAUUUACCGGGACUGUUGAAACAUGGACUGCACCUAAGGAAGAAAAGCCAGUCACCGGAUACCAUCCCCGGACCCAGCACCAGCCCUACUGUUCACAAGUCCUGCUCCCAGAGUUUCCCGUGUGCAGGGCGUGCUGUGAGGAAUGCGUUCCUGUCUCAUGGUCCGUACCCUGCUAAAGACAAGAUUCACCUCGCCAGGAUCAUAAGGCGGAGCUACGUGGGUGUAGAGCUGGUUCAGUGGCUGUGUGAGCAGUGUGUGUACGUGCGCUGUCGGAGUAUGGCCGUGCGCGUCUGGCAGGUCCUACUGGAGCUGGGCAUCCUACUGUCUGUGGACCAGCGUGUGGUGUUUGGGGACUCUAACUCCUACUACCAGUUCAGCUUUGAGGAGUGUGAGUCUGCAGCCUGCGAGUUCUGCGGCCUGGAGAAGGAGGCGUGGCCGGAGGCUGUUAGGCUCCUCCUACAGCUCGUCCCAUACGUCCAGUUCAGAACUGGGUCUGAGGAGGACUCGGAGGGGAACAGAGAUGUCUGCGGGGACAGCUUUCUCCAGAUGAAAGCACUAGAGAGACUCACCUCCACGGUCCAGAAUGAGUUGGCUGCUGCUCUUGCCCGCAAGGCUCGCAAAACCAUGGCAGAGCAGGAUGGCCAAGAGUCACCAGACUCCACUCCUCGACAGACACCCACACCCAACGAGGAGAACACCAUGUCCCGUUCCUUACAGCUGGGGGGGCGGCCGGACGGUGUGUGUGGCCGCGAGGAGCUGACCAGACUAGAGCUGGUCCAGAGACUGGCUGCAGACAGCUGCAGACUGCUGCAGAACCAGAACUACAGAGUACCAGACCACCGCAACCCCACCGGAGAGGCAGUAGGGAGGGUGUGUCUUAAGGAAAGGGGUCGGGACGUCCUUGUGCUACAGAGAGUGACAUCACCUAACCCCGCUUCCUCGCCAUCAUCAGUGACAUCACCUAACCCCGCUUCCUCGCCAUCAGGGGGAGGGGCCAGAGAGGAGGACGGAGAGAAGAGGUAUGUGGUGGUGUCUGGAACACCCCUGAAGAUUCUAGAACACCUGCUGAGUGACCUACGACUGGAUGACCAGAGAGGAGCACCGGAGAGCAGAGUGUCUGAGCUGCUGCUGGAUGACUUCCUGUUGACGUACCUAGUGUUCAUGACGACCAACGACCUCUGUCAGGCCCUGCUCGGACACUACAGCAGUAAGCGUGUGCAUGGUCAAGGUCAGGAGGAUGGAAAGGAGGCCCUCUAUAGGAAGAGGAAAGUAUUACACCUAGUUGCUCACUGGACACGCCUAUAUAAGGACUUCCUACGAGAGGACGAACACAUCAAGGCAUUCAUGAAGACUCUCUCCAGGUGUGUGUUAGAGGAUCUUUAUGAGUUUCCGUCUCUGGAGAAAGACAUGAAGGAGUUCCAGAAGCUUCUACGACGUAGACACACAGUGGAUGAAUGUCCUCCACAACAAAAGAGUAAGCCUCUGUUCCAGCAGCUCAGUUUAAAGGAGAACAGUCUGCCACUCCGCUUCCCUCGGGCUGACACCAAAGAGGUGCUGUGUCGUGUGUAUGUGAGUGCUGAUUCGUACCUGUGUGUUUACACACACUCUUUGCUGAGCGUGGCAGAGCUGCUGAGGAUUGUGGGUCAGAAGAUGGACCGACCAGAGGAGGACAUGGUGCUGGUGACACACACACCUACUGGAGAGAGGAGGAUGUUACAGGCUGGUCAAUAUGUGUAUUCUGAGACUUUGACGCCACAGAGCAAACUGAUGGUCUGUCGGAGGGACCUCACACAUAUUAUGGCCCCUCUAACAGACAGUGAGCUGAGUAGGAGAACAGUGAGGUUGCUGGGUAUGAACACCUGGGAUAUGGCUGCUGUUCUCACACAACUGGACUGGAACCUCUUCAACUCCAUACACGAGCAGGAGUUGGUGUAUUCUACAAUGAGCUGUAGUACCGGAGGCAGCCACCGGGAGGGGCUAUCUGUAUUGCUGCAGCGCUGCAACGAGGUCCAACAGUGGGUCAUGUCUGAGGUCCUGAUGUGUGUGUCACUCAACAAACGAGUCCAGCUGCUCAAGAAGUUCAUCAAGAUUGCAGCGCACUGUAAGGCCCAAAGAAACCUGAACUCAGCAUUUGCCAUAAUCAUGGGACUCAACACAGCAGCCGUCAGCAGACUCAACAUAACCUGGGAUAAAGUUCCGGGGAAAUUCAAGAAGAUCUUCUCUGAACUGGAGCUGAUCACAGACCCGUCUCUGAACCAUAAGGCCUACAGAGAUGCCUUCAAGAAGAUGAAGCCUCCUAAGAUCCCCUUCAUGCCCCUGCUGUUGAAAGAUAUCACCUUUAUCCACGAGGGAAACAAAACCUUUCAGGACAACCUGGUCAACUUCCAGAAACUGCACAUGAUCGCCGACACAGUGCGUCUGAUUCGCCACUGCCAAAGCGACCAACUCGGUAACGAGGUGGUGGGGAGCGACAGUGCAGAGGUCAGGGCGAGCGUUCACUACCUCCACAUCAUCGACAAUCAACAGACACUGUUCCAACUUUCACACAAGCUGGAGCCUCGCGCCUGAACACACACACAGAAAAUACACUUUGUGUUGAAGGUGCCAUGCAAGCCACCGGCUCUUAGCCAAUCACAGUUCAGCAUCCUGAUUCAGCCAGCCAACCACAGAGCUGCACACUGAGACGGCGUUCAGACUGAAAAUGUAUAUCUGUCAACCUGAUUCAGACUGUUUUUCUAUGAAGGUCAAACUUUGAUGGACGACAAAGACCAAGGAGAAGACAGACGGCCAUUCUUUAUUGUUCUGUCAUGAAUACUGUUUUUAAGCUACUCUCCAGAGGAGUUUGUACAGUUACUGAGAUUGUGUUUCUGGUCUUAAGUUAACAGUUAGCUUCAUUGUAUAUUAAUGAUCCUCAGUAGGGAAACAGUCAAAAGACUGUAGAUAGUAACUGUUAGUAUAUGACUGGAAAUCACGCAGUAGAUGUACAGCAGAUGUAUACUGUAUGUGUUCAGGCCACAUGGUGAGAUAUGACUCUGGAUGACAGUGGCAAAUGUCCGGAUGGGGGAGAGAUGCCAUAUACAGAUUACACACAUCCCUUUUAUUUGUACCUGUAGAAACCACAAAGCCCUCAUCAUUUCUGCUCCUGUCAUACCACAACAUAAAGGUCCUACUAUUACACAUUGUUAUUGGGCGUUAAUACCACGGUAUUAUAGGGAUUAUUAUUACAUUGUUAUUACACUUUUACUGACUGAAGAGCUGUUUCAAUGCCUGUUACACACAGAUUUCACUAAGCAACAUUGCCUUGGUUCAAACCCAGUCAAUGCAUUCAACACUGAUCAAGUACAUCACUGUUAAGGCCUGUUGUAAUUCACACUGACUGAUCAAGUACAUCACAUGUACAGUGCUCAGGUGUAUAGAAGCAGGGCAGUAGUGCUAUAUAACUAUUUAUUGUAAUAUGUUGUUUAUUUAUAUUUCUCUAAGAAUGUGACAGUCCUGUGUGCCAUAUCACACCGGAGCUGUAUAAAGACAGACCUCGGUAAAGAUUUGCAGGACAUAUGUGUAAAUACAUUGAAUUGUGUCCAAAAAGGUUUGCUGGUUGAGCUGAAAUGCUGGAAUGUUUAAAACAGGAGACUAGGGAGUGGAGUUGGUCCAGUGAUUGUUACUGUCCUAUGUGAUUUCAAAAUGGGGGGGAGAGAAAAAAGAGGAAUGAAGAAGAGACGGAGGGGUGUUGUUGUUUUCUUGCCAUGAUGAUGUAAAGUUCUGUUUUAAAGAAUGUUGUUGUUUGCAUGACGUGACAACCCCACCAGAUCACAAUGCAAGAUGACAGUAAGAGUGUGUCCCAAAUUGCAUCCUAUUUCCUAUAUAGUGCAUUACUUUUGACCACAGCUAUGUGGCCCUAGUCAAACGUAGUGCACUAUAUAGGGAAUAGGGAGCUCUGGUUAAAAGUAGUGCACUAUAUAAGCCAGGGAAUAGUGUGCCAUUUCAGAUUUGCUCUAAGGCUUUAUACCACUGUAAUAUUGUUGAUUUGUAAAUAUGCAUAAUGUUAUUAUGAUGUUUGAGAUGUAAUUAUUUAUCUGUUUUAAAGGUAGGCCUACAUUCCACAAUAUGAUGUCUUCAUACACAGCGGGAGAAAGGAAAGGGCAGAGCAGUAUGUUCCCCGUCCCUAACUGCUGAAGCCACACGUCUUUUCUAAAGAGAGGUUUACUACUGGAGAUUAUGUAUGAAUAAAUUAGAGCUUUUAUGUCAUAAUAAACAUUGUGUCGAUGG